AUGCAGAAUCGUAAGAUCUUUGACGUCUUUCGAUCUGGAUGGGAGUCGAUAGGCAGAAUUGGUCAAAACUAUCUGCUGCAAAACCAUCAGAAAUCGAGGCUAAUGAUAGCAUUGUUGCUACAUUUUUUUUCAGGCACUGGCCACUUACUGAAAAGUCCGUUCUGCGUUCACCCCAAAACGGGUUUCGUGUGUGUUCCGAUUGAUCCACAGCGCAUCGACGAGUUUGAUCCCACGAAGGUGCCGAGGUUGGGCGAGCUGAUGGAGCAGCUGUCGCAGGCGAGUGCGUCUGCAGAAGGAGAAGCUUCUGAAGCAGCAGCAUCAGCGCAGCACCUUCUCCCAUACAAGCAGACCACUCUGCGACCGUAUAUCGAGUUUUUCGACAACUUUGUUGUUGGCUGUGUGAGCAGCAAAUUGGUCGAUUAG